CAGCACUAAUGUUCUCACAAGGCCAAUCCAUAUAUAUGUGUUCUGUGGUUAUACGUAUUACGAUGUCACACGUUUCACGGCCCAGUGCGCCUGUUGCGAAGUUGCGGCGCUUGGCGGAAAAUUGACGCGGCCAGAAAUAAAACGAAAAAAGAGUUGCCCUUCACGUCGCGAUAGAUCGCACUCGAGGCCGCCGAUAGUUCGAGUUGCUGUGAGCAAGUAAGCGAUUCUCGAGAAGUGGCGUCCUACGGCUGGCCGAGCGAUGGACGUGCGCGAAAUCGCGAAGCGUCUGGGAUACCUCCUUUACGUCGUCAGCCCCAAUGAGACGUCGUUUGAGAAGCUCGAAGAAGUUCCCGACUACAUUGUACAGGUUGUGCCUCUAUUUACGGCGUUCCUGAUCAUUGAAGUGGUGUUCAACCUCCUGCAGAAGAACAGUGACCGCUUCCAACUUGACGAUGGUCUUACAUCUAUAGGACAGGGUAUCAUUCAAGAAUUAUCCCGACUCUUCACGGAAGGCACUCUCCUGGCCGGUUACGUGUACGUGUACAACAACUUCAGAAUUGUCACGCUGCCUUGGAAUUCCACGGGGACAUGGUUCUUCGCCAUGCUCGCCAUCGACUUCGCAUACUACUGGGUUCACCGCUGGGGUCACGAGAUCAACCUGGCCUGGUCCGGCCACCAGGUGCAUCACAGCUCAGAGUUCUACAAUCUGACAACGGCCAUGCGUCAAUCGGCUCUGCAAGCUUACUACGAACCCGUCCUGUACCUUCCUUUGGCGCUCGCAGUCUCACCCAGCGCGUACAUGGUGCAUCGACAGUUCAACCGGCUCUUCCAGUUCCUCAUACACACCGAGGUUGUGCACACGCUGGGCCCACUGGAGCUAGUGCUGAACACACCGAGUCACCAUCGUGUGCACCACGGUAGAGAACGCUACUGCAUCGAUAAGAACUACGGUGGCACGCUGAUCAUCUGGGAUCGUCUUUUCGGCACAUUUGCGGCCGAACAACGCCGGCCAGCGUACGGGCUGACCCAUUCCGUGAACACGUUCGACCCGUGGACUCUGCAGAUGCACCACUUUUUGUACGUAUGCCGGCAAUUCUGGACUAUCGAAGGACUGUGCAACAAGCUUUCCACCUUGUUUAAAGGUCCUGGAUGGCAACCAGGGAAACCAAGGCUCGGAGAUCCGAAUGACAUUCCAGACGUACGCCGACCCGUCGAAACCUACGCGCCCAAAACUACGCUGCUCUGCAAGAUAUACGUAACAGUUCACUUUGCAAUUGUAGUCAUCGCGUACGUGAAGUUAAAACAUUGGAGCACAGUAAUAUCUACCGGCACACUUCUUUGUGGAAUUCUUUACGUCUUCUUAUCACUCGGCGCAAUGGGUGCAUUCUUGGACAAGAGAAAAAACGCCUGCGCUCUGGAGGCUUCAGGUGCGCCCUGAUGUUUGUCCUGGACGCCCGCGUGUUUCAAUUGUCUUCGAUGGUGGACUCCGUGGCUGCCACUGUCUCCUUGAACAUCGUCAGGGCAACGUACGCAGCAUCGUUGCUGGGCUGCCUCGCCGCUAGUCUGUGCAGUGUCGCGUGGACUGUCAAGCAAAAAGUGGCCUGAGAUGAACAUUCACACGCACUCGUAUGCAGACAGGGUGUCGAAUGAUGCUACGUACGAUUUCAUGAUUUCAAUUUCGUGCCUAAGUACAUUGCCGAUGGCUUGUCACCUGCUGCUUGUUUCGUGAAUGCACUGCGGAUAUUCCACGGGCUUUCAAAAAAAAAAAAACUUUUGCUUGGUUUGUGAAGACUACGAGUGUACAAUAACAAAAUUAUAAAUAUUAAAACACGACCUCUGUAAUCGUCC